ACGUCUUGUGAAAGCUGUACAGGUGCGCGUGAAAAAGACACAUUUCUAAGAAAAGUGAAGUGAUUUUUGUUUAAUUAAGUUGUUAUUCAAAAAAGAAGAAAGAUAAUUUUAUGUAAAUUUUAUACCAUAUUCUUUUCUUAAAACUUGUGUAAAGUAAAAAAUUAUUUAGUAAAAAUACGAACUUGAUCAAGAAAAAGAGGUGUGUGUGUUUGUGUAAGUGAAAUGGGUUUUGAUUUAGAACGUUUUCAAGGAGAUGUUGACGAAGAACUCGUAUGUCCGAUAUGUUCUUCUGUCCUUGAAGAUCCUGUACAGGCACUUGUGUGUGAACAUGCGUUCUGUAGAAAUUGUAUUCAAGAAUGGAUCAGUCGUCAACCAAUUUGUCCACUUGACCGCACACCAAUCACUGGAACUCAGCUUAGGCCAGCACCACGAAUCCUUAGAAAUUUACUGGCUCGUUUAUGCAUCAAUUGCGAUAAUUUAGCACAUGGCUGUCAGGCAAUAAUCAAACUCGACAGUCUUGGUACACAUUUGGAAGAAUGUGAAUUUAAUCCAAAACGAUUGAUACCCUGCGAACAGGGUUGCAGUCUUAUUAUUCCAAAAGACGAAAUCAAAAAUCAUAAUUGCGUUCGUGAAUUAAUGAAUUUAAUUCAAUCGCAACGACAAAAACUCUCGGAUAUGAAACGUGAAUUAAGCGAACAACAAUUUCAAUUAAAUGAACAAAAACGUGAAAUUCAAUUACUUAAAGAAUUUAUGAAAGCAAUUAGAAUUUCAAAUCCAUUGAUGAAAACAAUUGCUGAUCAAAUGGAACGCGAUGAAGUUGUUCGAUGGUCUGGAACAUUACCACGUGCCAGAGUAACACGUUGGGGUGGAAUGAUAUCGACUCCUGAUGAAUUAUUACAGACACUAAUCAAAAGAACACUCUCGGAAAUAAAUUGUCCAUCGCAUGUGAUUAAUGAAUUAAUGGAAAAUUGUCACGAGAGAAAAUGGCCACCGGGAUUAAAUUCACUUGAAACGAGACAAAAUUCCCGACGUUUAUACGAAAAUUAUAUUUGUAAAAGGAUUCCUGGGAAGCAAGCGGUUCUAGUUUUACAAUGUGACAAUACACAUAUGCCAGAGGACAUGAUAGUGGAACCUGGAUUAGUCAUGAUUUUUGCUCAUGGAAUUGAGUGAAGAAAUUUUUUUUUUUUAUUUUAAUGCAGGGCCAAGAAAUCAAAAUUUUUUUCUUUAAAAAAAAGAGAAACUCGAGUUUAAUUUUAGUUUGUUUUUUUUUUUUUUAAACUUAUUUGUCAGUUGACAAAAGAAAAUUGAGUUUUUUUUUUUAAAGAGAAAAAUGUUUUUUUUCCAUAAAAAAAAAAUGUAUUUUUAAAAAUCAUUACGACAAUGCAUUUUUUUUUGUAAAACGAAUAAUUUUAUUAUCAUCACGAGGGAAAUUUUCCUCAAAUUAUACGAAAGUCGUUAUUUUUUUUUUUUUACACUUAGAACUAUUAUUUUUCGUUAGUUUUAAUAAAACUUGUGAUAAAUACUUAAUAUUUUCGCUUGAAAAAAAGAGAAAAGUGAUUAACAUUCAGAUUUUUAAGAUCUAAGAGACUUCUUUUCAUACGUGUUAUUUAAUGAUAAGAAAAUACGUCGAAUUUUCUAGGCGAAAAAAAAAAAUGAAGAAUAGUACUGAGUACUUGUUAAAUAGUUUAUUAUAAAUAAUUAUUAUUAACGACAGUAAAAGGUCAUUGUUUUUAACACUGUGAUUUGAGCGACGAACUCAUUUUUUUUUUUUUUUUUUUUUUUUUAAUGGUAGUUUAUUAUUGUAAAAUAGUUUUCGUAACUAAAAUUCGAAAACGCAAUUUUCGCGUCAAAUGAGUAUCAGGAAAACUCGUUUAGCGGAAAGAGAAAAAAUUAAUUCUUUUGCAAUUAAAAGACAAUUUGUUUAGGAUAUAUAUUUUGGAUUUGUGAUUUAAACUUCGUAGCGUUAUUCGUAUUUUAUGAAUGUGAAAAAAAAAUUGUAAGUUAUGAUGAAUUUAUAACCUUUUUUUAAUGUAUUUUUUUUAUUGAAUAUUUUUUUUUGCCAAACAGAAGUUAUUUAAAUAUAAGAAUGCUUUGCAAAUAA